AGAGGGCGGGUCUUGGAGGGAGGAGGGAGCUCCUGGGCAGGGAGGUGGGACAGUGGCUUCUUUGGGGAGAGGAAUUCUCCUGCUGCACACCGAGGUGUGGGCCUCAUGAGCCAGUGGAGGGAGUACCCAGCUCUGCCAAGAGGGAGAGGGGGAGAGAGCCAUCCUCAAGGCCAAGGCCAUUUGUGAAAGAGGGAGAACUGGACACUCCUGGUCAAGCCUGGGCCUAGAUGGAGGCUGCAGCUUAGAGGAGCACCCACUCUUCCUGCUCUAACUUAGACCUUCGAUCCCACUCCUACCUCUGCUCCAGCUCCUCCAGGGCCUGCCAUGGACUCAGCAGCCAAGGACAAAAUGAAGCCCACAAUUCCUCCUGGCUCUUCCUGCCCAGGGCCUGAGUGGCCGGAGCAGGAGAGGGCGGAGCAGCUGGCCCGGGGUGCAGCGCUCAAGUGGGCCUCUGGUAUCUUCUACCGGCCAGAGCAGCUGGCCAGGCUGGGGCAGUACCGCAGCCGCGAGGUGCAGCGUACCUGUUCCCUGGAAGCACGCAUCAAGUCGGUGGUGCAGUCAUACCUGGAGGGCGUGAAGACUGGUGUGCGGCAGCUGGCCCAGGCCCUGGAGGCCAUGCAGGGAGUCCGUGAGGCUCUGAGCCAGGCCCAUGGGUUGCUCCGGGGUAUGGCUGAAGCUGCACAGACCCUAGAACCCCUGCGGGAGCAGGUUGUGCAGCACAAGCAACUGUGGGCCUUGUCUCAGCUGCUGCCCCGGCUGCGAGCCGUGCCAGCUGCAGUGGCCCACACACAGACCCUGAUUGAUGCCCAGCGGCUCUUGGAGGCAUAUGUGAGCCUUCGGGAGCUAGAACAGCUGCAAGAGGAGACGUGGGCACCUCUGGGGGGCCUGGAGUUGCCAGUCUUUGAGGGACUGGGUCCUCUGGCUGAGGCUCUGGGCCAGGCUGUGGAGGCAGCUGCAGGGGCUGCAGGGCGGCUGGCACGGGAGGACCCAGCCCUGCUGGUGGCUGCUGUGCGUGUGGCAGAGGUGGAUGCUGGGCGCACAACUUCUCGGGAGCAGGCCCCUCGGGACUGGCGGCAGCGCUGUUUGCGGGCACUACAGGAGGGCCUAGAGCGGAUCCACUUUGGGACACUGCCACAGCCUGGACCAGGGGCACUAGCAGAGUGGCUGGAGGCUCUGAGGGUGGCUUUACCAGCUGAGUUGGCCACAGCUGAGGCACUAGUAGCACCCUGCUGCCCACCACAAUACAAGGUGGUCCAGCUGUGGGCCCACACCCUGCACAGCAGCCUGCGCCGCUGCCUGCAGCAACUUCUGGAAAGGACUGAGCUGGGAGCUGCUGAUACCUUCACCUUGCUGCACUGGGCACUGCAUGUAUACCUAGGGUCGGUGUCCCUGGGCCAACGGGAAGUGGGUGGAUCAGAGGUGGGGGCUCAGUGUAACACUGGGGCACCCAUCUCCAGGCCAGAAAUGAUGGGGAGCCUAGAGUUAGGGCCUGAGGCUGAUGUGUCCCAUCUGGAGCCCCUCCUGACCCUGGAGAAUGUCGAGCAGCUAGAGGCAACAUUUGUGGCCGAAGUCCAGGCAAGUGUGACCCAGUGGCUUCAGAAGGCACUGGAUGGGGAGGCAGCUGAGUGGGGCAGAGAGCAGGAGCCCGACACAGACCCGUCUGGCUUCUACCACUCACCAAUGCCGGCCAUUGUGCUGCAGAUCCUGGAAGAGAACAUUCGUGUGGCCAGCAUGGUCAGUGAGUCACUGCAGCAGCGGGUGCAUGACAUGGCGCUGUCAGAACUGAGCGCAUUCCUGAGGAGCUUCAGUGAUGCUCUGAUCAGAUUUUCCCGAGACCACCUCAGGGGGGAAGCAAUGGUCCCUCAUUAUGUGCCCUACCUACUGGCCACCCUCAACCACCAAUCAGCACUCAGCUCCUCCUUGUCCGUCCUGCAGCCCGACUGGGUGGCUCCAGGGGCCUUGGCUCCGGUGGAGGCAGCGCUGGACGAGUUGCAGAGGAGGAUCUGCCGCCUGGUGUUGGAGGCGCUGCUGUUGGAGCUACAGCCCCUAUUCGCGGCUCUGCCCUCGCGUCAGUGGCUAUCGAGCCCGGAGCUGCUGGAAGGGGUGUGUGAGCGGACGGCACGCUUCUGCCAGGACUUCCGACACGUGCGGAAUCCCGCAGUCCAGCUGCUGCUGGCGGAGGCGGAGCGUACCGUGGUGUUGCAAUAUCUACGUGCGCUAAUGCAAGGCCGUCUAGUGUGCCGAGGGGCUGACGAGCGGACCCAGGCAGCCGAGCGCCUGCGGCAAGAUGCCGCCCAGCUUCGGGAGCUUUUCCUCGGUUUGGGUCUGGAGGAGAGCGUUCAGUGUGCGCCAGUGCUGCUGGCCCUGAGGGAGCUGCUGAACCUCCGCGACCCCACGCUGCUUGGCCUCGAGGUGGCGGGCCUGCGGCAACAAUUUCCCGACGUAAGCGAGGAGCAUGUCUCUGCCCUCUUGGACCUGCGCGGGGACGUGUCCCGAGAGCAGCGCCUGGCCGCACUCAGCUCCCUGCAGGUCGGCCCGCAGCCCUCGCCUCCCACUGGUCGCCGCGCACUCUUCAGUCUUGUGCCAACACCUGCGCCCCCGCCCUCCUCCUGCCUCCCCUCAGGGUCCUGUGCUUGACUCCUAAUUGCCCGCAGAAUAAAGCC